AUGCGCGAACCAAGACACACGUCGUCCAAAUCGAUCGAAUCGAACAAGCAAAUCCCCCCUAGCCUACCUCCGAACGCCGACCUCAGUAUCACAAUGACACUUGAGAGUAAACCCCAGCGCUGUACGAAGAAGCAUCGCGCGAUCAAGCGGCCUGACGGUCCGAACAGUAUGGAGCACGACCUCAUGGGUAUACGCACGGGCAUGGACAUGGACAUCUCUGUUCGCGCCGUGCCCGUCGAUGCUAUGGGCAGUGACAGCUACACUAGACUGGGGAGAGGGAGGGGAGGAUACAAUGAGGUUGCGCGCGAGCUCACACCUGUUCAUGUCAUGGCAAACGGGUGCAAACAGCAGUCAUAUGCCGGCUUUAAUCCUAUGGCUCGCUUCCUUAGCGAGCGAGGGCCCUGGAGUCCUCACUCUUCUCGAGAAGAUACAGCAAAAGACCAUGGAUCCUACUCGGCUGCGGCUUCCUCAGUGCCAGGAUCAAAAAGGAAGGUGCUGUGGUGA